AAUUUUCUAUAAAAAGUCGAUUAAGUAAAUCUAGUCGGAGUUUUAGGCGGUUGAGACCGCAAAAUGGAACACGACAACUUCGCAGAGGGAAUAAAGUGACACAAAACCGCCGCGCAGCACCGCCGCCUUUUGGAGUCCGUCAACUAUGGCGGAGGAUGACGAUGAUAGCUUUGGCGAUUUCACCUUUGCAUCUUUCUCCAACAAUUCCCUGAAUACCCAAUUCACCCCACCCAAAUCAAUCACCUCCCCUGAAGAUGAUGAAUGGGGUGAUUUCGUUGAAUACCCUAGUGGAUCUGAACCUUCCACUGCAUCCCUCCUUACCCAAUCGAAACCCUUCGACCCUUUUGGUUUCUCCCCUAAUACUGCUUCCGCUUCUGAAUCUCCCUCCAAAUCUGAACAAGCCAAGAAGACAACUGGGUGGGUGAAACCUUCUGGAGCUCUUCCACUAUCAUUAUUCGGUGAAGAAGAAAAUGCUGAGGAAGAUGAGAAAGAAAAGCCUGCUAAAGAGGAUACGAAUAAUAAAGUAAGAAACGGAUCUAACGCUAAUUUGGGUUAUGGGUUUGAUUCAAACUUAUACAAUCAGAAGUUGAAAUCUGAAAAUGGGUCACUUUCAAAUUCCAAUAAUUUGGUAGGCCCGGAUAAUGUUAAUUCGAAUUCCAAAAAGUCCUCAUUACAGUUGAAUGGAUUGAGUUUCGAUCCGAAUUUGGACUCUCCCUGUGUUAGUAGAGUGCAGAGCUUGAACUACCUGGCGAGCUUGAUGGGUGAGGAUCAACAGAUCAGGGCACAAAAUACGGGUCUUGUUUUGGAUUCGAAUGAUUCAAGUUCUUCCGCUAAUGUAUCAAGUUCAAUUUUUACCAUGUCGAAUCCAGAUUUUGAUGUGUCCAAAUCUAUUCUGAAUGGAUUGAAUAGAACUUUGAGUGCAGAUGCUGCAACAAGCUUGAAUGAUCAUGGUCUGCAGAUCAAGACCGAAAGUACUGGGCUUGUUUUCGAGUCAAAUGCAUUGAGUUCUUCAGCAAAUUUCACAAGUUCAAGUUUUGGUGUGUGGAAUCCGGAUUUCCAUAUGUCCAAAUCCAAUCAGAAUGGAUUGAGUAGAACUUCGAGUCUGGAUGUUACAUCAAACUUGAAGGAUCAGGGUCAGAAUGUGGGAAUUGGUUCUAAUUUAAGUGGUGUAAGUUCUUCUUCAGCUACCACUAGUUCAAGUGUGUGGAAUGCGGAUAUUAAUAGGUCCAAAUCCAAUCAGACUGGCUUGAACAGAACCUUGAGUCUGGAUGGUCUAACAAGCUUGAAUGAUCAGUAUCAGCAGAUCAAGACUGAAAAUGGCGGGCUUGUUCCCAAUUCAAAUGGUUCUAGUUCUUCUGGAAAUGCAUCAAGUUCAACUUUUGGGGGAUGGAAUUUUGAUUUUGGUGGAUUUGGAUCUGCUGUUGAAAUGCCAAAUUCUAGUUCUGAUGUCGGUGGGUUGAAUUCAAACAUCAAUGCCGUUGGCUCAAGUGCAUAUUUGAAUGAUGCUCACAACAACAAUGAUGACGAUGACGAUGAGGAUGGAUGGGAGUUCAAGGAUGCUUACUCAAUUUCUGAAGUUGGAGAUUGUAAUAUUAAGGCUGCAUCAGAGGCAAAAAAAGAGCAUGUAACUAAUGCCUUCUCUUUCGAUUUUCACAAUGGAUUGAAUGGCUCAGUUGACUUGUUUGCAACAUCAAACGGAUCAGUAACAUCUGAUUCAGAGGCACAUCAUGCUGGUCACAUGCAGGCAUAUUCCUCUGGAUUCGGCAAUAGUUCUAUGGAUUUAUUCGCCAUGUCAAGUCAACCAAUUGAUCUAUUCGCGACAUCAUCAGACGGUAGACAUGAGCAAAAAGAGAGUAAUGGUGCACUGGACCUUCAUCCAGUUGUUGGGAGCUCUGAAUCCGAUGAGGAUUUUGGGGAAUUUACAACGGCAUCUUCAGACUCUGGAUUGAAAUUAGAGGAAGAAUGGAAGAUGGGUGAUGUUGCUCAUUCUGAACUCCAAGCUUCCGAAUCUGAUGAUAAAGACCAGGUGAGGGAUUCAAAGUUAGAGAAUCCUAAAGGGGCUCUUCCCCUAUCUAUAUUUGGGGAUGAAGAGCUGGAGAUUGAUGAGUCUUCUAAUACUGAAGAUAUUAUUGUCCCCCAUAAUGCUUCUCAUUCGAAGAAUGAUAGAAGUCCAGAUUCAAACAUUUCCAUUAAUGAUCUCAUUUCAAAUUUAUAUAGCGAAGCUGAACAGACCUCACCUGUUCACUCUGUUCAAGUGACAAAUAGUAUUAGUUUUAGUCCACAAGAUUCAGUCGCACAUUCAAAUUUGUUGAAUGGUGAGUAUGACCAGGAUGAUGGUGAAUGGGAGUUUAAGGACGGAUCUUCUCAAAUGAGAACAUAUAAUGAUAUUUCUUUUCUUACUUCUGAGGAUCCCCCACAGAGAAGCUCUUCCAAUCUCAAUCUGGAUAAUUAUUUGGAUUUGUACUCUGAAUUAAGGAAUAAGUUGUGCUAUCUUGCUAAAUGCCAGCUCGAUGACCUUAAGAGAGCUCAAAGCAUUGAUGGACUUCCAGUAGAAGAAGCAAAAAUUUCGCCUCUUAAUAAGGAAAUUGAGGAGGCUUGCAAGGAUUUUGAACAGGAUAAUGCUAUGUGCAAAGGUGACCAUUUGGAAGGACAUUUAUCUCACAAUGCUUGUAUGAGUGCAUUUAUUGAGAUUUUGCAGGACUCAAAAUUUCAAGUACUUGAAUCAGAGUACCACUUAUCAAGGAGACUAUCAUUGGUGGACAAUGAUUUGGAAACAACAGUUGAUCUUAUAAGACAUGCUACAAUGAUGCUAAAAAUUUUGAGAUCAGGAUCUUUGGAGGAGCAAUCAAUUUAUGUUUCAGUAUGGUAUAAAAUGAUCUCUGCUUGUGCACAAGAGUUGCAACAUGGCUCCUGUAUCUGGAAGAAGAUAUUGGAAAUGAAUGCUCGGAGUCAUAUGUUAUCUCACCCCAGAGGAAGGGCAUUCAUCCGGGCCCUGGGUGAGAUUUAUAGGGUAACUCUAGUGCUUGAAGCAUCUGUGAAACUAUGCAAACCUUGGACUUGGUUGAAUUCUGCUCAGUGUACAAGUAUUCAUUCUAUGCUAGAUGAAUGUCACAGUAUGUGGUCCUCUUUGGGUCUUGGAGAAGCUCUGUUGAGUAUGUUAGACUCUGCUUCUGGAGAUGGGAGUUCUGUUGCUUCAUUGCUGGACUCUAUCAAGUUAAUUCAUGGUCUUGAUGGACUUUCCCUUCAAAAGCGUCUUUAUGCUCAGAAAGAAGUGUGUAGUCUAUCGCUCCUAACUUUGGAAGUAUUGCCAGGGAUGGAACUUAUUGACUGGAAUGGAGAGCAUUACUUCCUCACACUUGCAAAUCUGUGGGCAAAUCUUAUAAGCAGUGACCCUCCAGAGUUGCCACAAUUAAUAAUUGGAUGGUGAGAAAAUAUUUAAGGUUGGUAUCAAAUUUGCGAAGUGUCAAAUCUGAGAUAAGGACCUUAGAUUAGCACCAUGUCAGCUGGAGUUGCUAUGCAGAGGCUGGAGUGAAGAAUGUAGGUUCCUGCUCUCCAGGGGUCUUGCCUUUGGCUUAUUUGGAAGAGUUUUGUUGGCACAAAAGUACGCUUUGGGACAAAAAAAGGGUUGCAGAUCUGAACAGCAAGAACUGAUUGUAGAAGACAGCUUGAGGUUCUUUACAGAUGGCAGUAGAGAGAUGGUGUGAGAUACAGAUUACUUGAUUUUUGUUUGGCAGCCUUUUCUUGCAAGAUAUGUAGUAAAGCAUGUCGGUCAUCGUUCCUGAUUUUUCCUUUCUUUUCUCCCCAAUAGGGGGAGGGAGGAGGUAUGUGACAUGGUCACAUUGUACCAUUAAGUUGCUUGUGUAUAAGUUGUAUGUAUUGGUGAAAUCUCAUGUUACAUCCAUAAAGAUAGAAGUAGGGUUGUCAGGAAAAUGAACAGAGAUUUUCGAUUCUUUUAGUGCCUAUCUUGUUAAUUUCUGAUCUUCAAUGGUUAAUUGAGAGGUGUACAGUGUUAAA